AUGCUCGCUGCUUGCCUGGCGCUCGCACCGCCGAGCAGCGGCCGCCGCGCCGUCCUCGCGAACGCUGCAGCCCUCGCGUGCGCCCCGCUGGGCUCCAGCGCAAUCGCGCCGAGCGGGACGCUGGACGACGAGGUGCGCGCGGGCCUGGGGCAGGGAGGCGCGCUCAGUGCGAACGCGCCCGUGUCGCUGCGGGGAAGUGGCGUGGAGGUGCUCAUCACCGACCCGUCGUACAAGGAACUCGACGCCUGCCCAAAGGGCAUGUUCAUCCCGCCCAAAGGAGGGCCGUGGCAGUGCAUCGAGGUGUCGGCGACCGCGCUGAACCAGGGCAAGCGGGAGGUGAACGCAGCGGACGUGUUUGGUGCGCUCUUCGACGCGGAGGGCUACUCGCCCGCCGCCACCUCCCUCGAUCCCUCGCAGAAGACGCCCUUCGCGACGCUCGAGACGCGGCUGCCAAAGGGCCAACCCGUCGCAGUCAAGUGGGUGUCGGCGGUGCAGGCGCGCUCGCCGCGGCCGUUCCGCUUCGCGGGCAUGAAGGCCGAGUACCGGAACGCGGCGAUGGCCAAGACAUACAAGUCGUUCGACCCGUGUGAGAUCGACUCUUCCGCGUGCGAGGAGGACGAGGACCAGCCGGACAACGCCAUGGCGCUGCGGACGGGGCAGGGCUUCACGUACAAGAAGUGA